GUCAUCGUCUCAAGGCAGCGACCUUGGCUCUGCUGUUUAUGCUUCUCGCGUACACCUUCGUGCUCUUUUUGUUCCCACCUUUCACCGGCUCACCCCAGAGCGAAGCGCCUCUGAGAUGGUUCUCAAAUCCAGAUAUAGCUGGGAGAAGCUUACCGGUGGAACGGAUGCAUAACGAACCGUACGAUUACCUCAUAAAUCCCCGCGAUCUGUGCCCGACAUAUGCGCCGGUCGACUACCUGUUCCUGGUUUUAUCGGCACCGGAAUACGUCGACAGACGCAACGUCAUACGACGCACAUGGGCCAAGGACGUGAGGCGGUCCGCCGGAAACCGGGUGCUGUUCCUCCUCGGCAAGCCCGGCACUGCGAAACUUCAGGACGCCUUGGAGUUGGAGUCGCUAGGGUGCGGAGACAUAGUUCAAGAGGACUUCUGGGACACGUACCGAAACUUGUCUCUCAAGUCGAUCAUGCUGCUUCGCUGGGCGUCCCUCCAUUGCCGGCAGGCCCGGUUCGUGGUAAAGAUAGACGACGACUGCUUCCCGAACCUGGCCAAUUUUUACCGAGCCAUGCAGGGGCAGCCAGAGGACGCUAUCUACGGCGAACUGUUACACAGACACAUCCCCUCGCGCGACCCUCUGGACAAGUGGUACGUUCCUUACGAAGAAAUAACCCCCGAUGUAUUUCCAGACUAUAUACACGGCGCCAUGUACGUCAUCGGCGGUCGAGUGGUGGAGCUGCUGUAUAGGGCUACUGGACACGUGCGGCCCAUUAGCAUGGAGGACGUGUACAUCACCGGAAUGUGCGCGGAGCGUGCUGGCAUCGGCAGAACGCGUCUCGCCGGAACCAACAACAACAAAUUGUCGACACUGUGUGAAUACAAGAGGGCCAUCUACGGCCAUCACGUGACAGCGGAGGAAAUGGACCAACUGUGGUAUGCCAUGAAGCUGCUGGAGUACAAGUGUCACCGGCUCUUUUACAGCGUUCACGUGUGCUACUGCCGCGCUGUGGACGGCGCCGCGGCGGAAAGGGUCAUCGAGGCGCCAGUUCUUUGACAAAAUACUUUCCACGAUUUAGCGUCACAGUUUGUCACAACCAUCUAAGU